AUGGGGAGAAUCGGGUUGGCCAAAUCUCGCAACGGCUGUACAACCUGCAAAACCCGCAAAGUCAAAUGUGACGAGAAGAAGCCGCAAUGUGUACGAUGUACCAGCACUGGCCGGAAAUGCGAGUACGAGGCCUCUCCUCGUUCCAGACACGCCAUAACAUCAGCACCAGCUUCUCUCUCGCUGACCCAGCCAUCAUCCGGUAUCACCCAGGUGACAUCGCAGGAGCGUCGUGCUUUCGAGUACUACUUUUAUCGAGGGGCACAAGCGAUAGGAGGUGGCCUUGAUGUCAAAUUCUGGAAGGACAUUGUGCUGCAGGUGUCGCGAUCAGAGCCGUCAGUUUGGGACGCUAUAAUUUCCAUCAGCUCGUUCUUUGAGAAUAAAACCCUCCUGCCUGGUUCGACCACGGAGGUCAAUGGAUAUCAGAAUGCCUUGAGCUGGUAUUCUCGCUCCAUGGUGAGCGUCCGCAAGAUGAUUGGGCAAAACAGGGCAAAUAAACAUGUGGCGCUUAUCACAUGUGCCCUGUACAUCUGCAUAGAAACCAUGCAGGGGCAUAUGCCGGAGGCACUGCGGUUAUAUGAGCAAGGUGUGCGUCUCAUUUCAGAGCUACGCGCAGUUCCUGUCGACUCUAAGCCAUCACUAUUGGAAGACAUUCUCGUUCCUCUGUUCUUCCGCAUGGGCACGGGCGCCUUGGCAGCGGCGGGUGUUCCUGUCCUCCAAGACCCUUUUUCGCUCGCCCUUCCCAAAGACCAUACCAAAUUUCUGGCUGCAGAUACUGCGCGCACAGCUAUUUCGUCUUUGGGAAUGGAAUUCCUUCUCUUCCGGUGGGAGGCAGAGAGCCACCUAAUCAGUGUAGGAAGUGCUGCGAAUGUGUCACCGGAUAUCAUCCUGCGACAAUGCACUCUCCUAUCUAAGCUUGAAGAGUGGAAUUGCACGUUUGCGCGGUUAAAGAAGAACAGCACCAUGCACCAGGGCAUUGUAUUCACGCUGCAGGUAUUUCAAAUCGUUCUAUUCAUUAUGCUUUCCACGGCUCUAGAACAACUGGAAACAUGUUAUACCGUAUAUUUAUCACAGUUCCGGCUUGUGGUCGAAUACGCAUCACAGGCAUUAGAGGCAGUCGUUGGCCCUGGCAGAUUCGAGGACCCAUUCACAUUCGAGCUAGGAAUGGGCCAGCCAUUAUUGUUUACGGCAAUGAAAUGCCGUGAUCCAUACGUCCGACGUGAAGCACUCUCGCUGCUUCGCAGGCUGCCCCGAGUCCAGGGAUUCUUUCAGUGCGGGCCUGGGGCAGCUCGCACAGAGCAGAUGAUACGAAUGGAGGAGAAUCCAGUGUUCGGAUUGAUGGUACGCAGAUCGGAUGUGGCGACCUUGGAGAAUCUAUCUCAAUCGGUGGGACGGCAUAUUGAACCCGAAGUCAAAGAGAUCACCAUGGACAGAUUGGCAAAUUUACCAACCGUGGAGGAACUGGUGGAGAUUGAGGAUGUUGCAGACAUCUCAUUCAACCCGACAGAGUGCGAAGAAUCAAUAUCUGAAGAAAAGCGAAUUCGCAAGCUUGUACCUGUUCAGCUGGUGUGCCAUUCAAAUGAUAAACUGUUGCUUUCUUCAGUCUCUGGCAGCACACCAAAUACACGCCCACAAACUCGACCUUUUUUCCAUUUCACGAGGAACAUGCGAGAUCCCAUCGAGGGAGUGUGGAAGGAAACCGAAUUCUUCCUCCCAAUAUAA